AUGUCGUUUCCUCCAGAUGCCAAAUCCGAGUCGCCCGCCCUCCAUAUCGAGGAGAAAGAAAUAACUGGCUCGGCUAGGUAUGUGACCUGGCUGUUCAGGAAGAACGCGAAGCAGACAGAAAGCUACGAAAUAAACUUGAUCGUAGAAUUGUUCCUUCAGCUGCAUUCAUUUAUUUACUUUGUUACUUGGACCGGGAAACGCCAAAUUGCUAAACAGUCAAAGUGGAAAUUCAUUAAUGCAAUCUUUAUCUUUGACGUUUUUCUCAUUGCAUACAUAUCCUUCGAAGUCCCCUCCAACUAUUGUCUGAAACGCUUCAGCCCAUCACGAUGGAUUGCGUUCUUGAUGUUCUCAUGGGGAGCCCUCACGAUUUCACUCGGUGGCGUUCACUCUUACGGCGCUCUAACUGCUGUCCGGUUUCUGCUGGGAACAUUCGAAGCAGGAUUAUUCCCCGGCUUGGUCUAUUUCUUUACUUUUUGGUAUCGCCCUGAAGAACGAUCGCUCAGAGUCGCAUUGGUACUGGCAUCUUCCACUCUGGCUGGCGCAUUUGGAGGGGCUAUAGCCUAUGGUGUUGGGUUUAUGAAUAUGACUGCUGGACUUGAAGCUUGGCGGUGGCUAUUUAUCUUGGAAGGCAUUCCCAGCGUUUUAAGCUCUAUACUGGUCUGGUUCUUUUUCCCCGACUUUCCCGAGACCGCCAAGUGGCUGUCAGCCCAUGAACGAGAUCGGGUUGUUCGCCGCUUGGAAGGUAUUGCUUCGACGCAUCAUUCCCGAGUCACAUGGGCCGAAGCCAAGCAGACUCUUUUGGGAUGGCGAGUAUGGGCUCAUGCCGUUGCGUACAUCACCAUCUCUGUUCCGUUUAGCUCGCUGUCUCUGUUCUCUCCAACGAUUGUCGCGGGACUUGGUUAUGAAGGUCUAGAUGCCCAACUGUUCACAGUUCCCCCCUAUGCUUGUGCAUAUUUUGUUACUCUCACUCUCUCAUGGCUCGCGGACACCAAAAACCAGCGCAGUUUAGUGUCUGCUAGCUCUAUGGCAGUGGGGGCUUUCGCUUUUCUUGCCCAAGCUCUACUUCCCGAAAAAGCAUUCAAGGCACGUUUCGCAUUUUUAUGCCUUGCCGCUUCAGGAUCGUUCGGAAGUAUUCCGCCACUUUUAGGUUGGCUCUCGACUAAUAUUCGUGGUGCUGGUGCGGUUGGACUCGCGAUAGCUAUCAAUAUCUCAACGGGAGGUACUGGCCAAAUUAUUGGAGUCUGGAUAUACAAAGCAAACGAGAAGCCGGGAUAUAUCACAGGUAAUCUCCCUUGCUUCGAUUAA